AUGAGGGCCCUUCACCAGGUCAUCAUACUAGCCUCCCUCGCCCAAGUCGCGUUUGGAAAAUGUUACACGCCCAAUGGGGUGGACCGUAACUCGGAGUUUCUGAAUAGCGACAAGAAUAGCUAUGCACCUUGCUCGGGCCCGUCCCACAGCAUGUGCUUUAGGCUUACAAAUGACACUGAUCUGGAUGUUUGUCGAGGUUACGGUCUUUGUUGGAACACGGCCGAGAGAAAGCUUUGGCGAGAGAGUUGUACCGAUCCCACGUGGCAGCAUCCAAACUGCCUCAAGCUGUGUAUUGACCCAAUACCAGGGUCCGUCGACACUCUGGGACGCCAGUUUCUGAUGAGCGAGAACGAUGUGGAAAUCACCCAGUGCGCUGACAUGAGCUAUUGCUGCGGCGCAGACGCUGAAGCGGCGGCAUGUUGCAGAGAAGGCAGAGGAGCGCGAAUUGUAGGAGGUCAGGUGGUGAACGAUUCGGCGGCGUCGGCAUCUGCGUCUCUAUCACGUAGCACCUCCCUAUUACCUGAUCCGACAGUAGUUGCGCCUACAGCUACAAACGAGGCAAAUGCCAGUCCCAAAAUUAUUGGAGGUAUCGCUGGUGGUGCUCUUGGUGGUGUGAUUAUUGCUCUGGGACUGGUUGGAUGA